AUGUCAGCAGAAGAAACGAAACCAGCAUCAGAGGAAUCAUCAAUCCCAAAACCACCAACUUCAAAUGUAUUUUCCAUGUUUGGAGCCAAGAAGGAAAAGAAGGAAGAACCACAAGAAGAAUCUAAAUCCAAAGACAUUGACUCCAAAAAGGAGGAAUCUAAAUCGGACGACGCCAAAAAAGGUGGAGAUGGAGACAACGAAGAUGAGGCUGCUGCUGAAGAAGAAGAACCGGAUGUUGAGUUCACCCCCGUGAUCCACUUGGACAAAAAAGUUGAUGUUAAAACCAACGAGGAAGAUGAAGAUGUCGUAUACAAAGUGCGUGCCAAACUUUUCCGUUUCCAUGCCGACACAAAAGAAUGGAAAGAAAGAGGUACUGGUGAUGUCAAAUUCUUGAAACAUAAAGCUACUGGCAAGACUAGAAUUUUGAUGAGAAGAGACAAGACGUUAAAAAUUUGUGCUAAUCAUUUGAUUCAAUCUGAUUAUGAAUUGAAACCAAAUAUUGGAUCAGAUAGAUCUUGGGUUUAUACUGUUACUGCCGAUGUUUCUGAAGGUGAACCUGAAGCUCAAACUUUGGCUAUUAGAUUUGGUAAUAAGGAAAAUGCUGAUUUGUUUAAAGAACAUUUCGAAAAGGCUCAAUCCGAAAACAAGACUAACUAA